AUGUCGAAACCGUUCUCCAGAAAUGAUCAACUGCGUCUGGCAUUUCGAUUUUGCCGAGCACCUGUGCAGAUCCUCGCAUAUGUCUUGCGUGGAAUCACCCUUGCAUCCGUUCGACGGCUCCCUCUCAGACCGUAUAUUCUGUGCGCUGUGGCCAAGACACUUCAGGACGUCUUCGACGCCCACGACAUCCAAUACCUAUGUAAUCCAACGAAGCAGGUUUACGAAACAUGGAUCAAGGAGAAGCUUUUCCUUGCAAAAGAUGGCGGGCAUCAAGGAGUGAACGAGCGGCUGAAGUGCGAUAUAGAGCCCCUCACUGACGGCCACUCAUCGAUCCUUUGGCUCGGAGACCGCACGACCGCAAAGAAGAUAGUGUUGUUUUUCCAUGGUGGCGGCUACACGACCCCGCUGCUCAAUGGCUACAUGGAAUGGAUGUGGAGAGCACAUAUCAUGGCCGGCAUCGACGCUGAGAUCGACGUCGCUGUUGCCAUCCUCGAAUACUCGCUCUCUCCUGGCGCACAAUAUCCCACUCAACUAUGCCAGGCGGCAGCUGCCCUGGAACAUUUACUCCGGUGCGGAAUCUCUCCCGAGAACAUCAUUAUCGGUGGUGAUUCGGCUGGAGGCAAUUUAACGGGACAGCUCCUCUGCCACAUUGUGCAGCCGCACCCUGAGGCCAUUCCAGUCAAGCUGGCUAAGCCUCUCGCUGGAGUAUUUCUUGUCUCGCCGUGGCUUACCAAACGCACGAACCAUACGUCCUUCGCCGAAAAUGGGUCGAUUGACAUGCUUUCGGCCUCUUUGGUGAAUCUCGUCUUACAGGAUCUGCUCGGAUUGGACUGGGCGAAGCAGGCAAAGGACAGCUUCAGCCACGCAUUUCCCCUCGAUAUGUCGGAGCCCUGGAUAGAAAGCCUGAACACGAUCACGAAAAAUAUGUACCUCUCGGUUGGGUACCAUGAGGUAUUUAGAGACCAGUGUGUCUCAUUUGUGGAGGAAGUGCGCGAAAGGAACCCAAAUCUUGAGUUGUACUUUGACCUCCAAGAACAGAUGGCGCACGACUUCAUUCUCUUAGAGGGCGAAGACAAACGAGAUGGAGAAUGUAUUAAAGCCAUGAAGAAAUGGAUGAAGGGCGUGUUGUUGGCAGGGGCUGAAGCUAAUUGA